UUUUUUAUUGUUUUUUUUAUUUUUGGUUGUUCUAGGGAUGAUCUAAGCUUUCUUUAAUGGCAGUGCUGCAGAGAUAUCAUCCACUUUGUUUCUUGAACUCUGUGAGGUGGUUAUCUUUGUGUUUUGGUUAAUGGGGUUCUUUGGUUCUGUUCACUUACUGUUCUCUACCGAGUUUGGAGCUUAUUAGGUUUCUUCUUCUCGGUGAAAUUUAUGAGAGAGUUCUGAUAAAGAUUCUAGAAGAGGAUACACGUAUGAGAAAUGGGAACUGAAGUACAGUCUAAGAUGUAUCUACCAGGAUAUUAUUCCAUGAACGACAUAAGUAAUAGCGCUGGCUAUAAUGGCUGGUCUUUACAUCGCGAAAGCAACUCGCUGAAGAAUGGGCAGCAUUAUGGCAUCUACUUGUCAAAGCCGGUAAUGGACGGAGUGGAUUAUGAUGUGUAUGACAAGGAAAAGUUGAGGCAAACCAUAAUGAAGCAUGAAUCCAUUUUUAGACAUCAGGUUCAUGAACUCCAUCGUCUUUACAAAAUACAGAGGGAGUUGAUGAAUGAAAUCAAGUGGAAAGAAGAACAAGUAAACCAUUUGAUGCCAGUAGGGACGUCGCAAACAAGUCUAUUUUCAUCUGACUUUCCAUCUAAAGAUGAUAAAAGAAGUUGGUUCUUCUCUAGCUUUCCCUUGGUUAGUUCCAAUUAUGGUAGGCCCUCUUCAUCAAGUGCUGACAUUGGCCAAUGUCCUCAAAGUUUCAUGAAAGAGAAGACCACACAGACGAGAUGCAAUCUCACAGAAAAUGAAUCUUUGGUUCUUAAGUGCAAGAAGCCUCACAGAAUAUUGUUUGAUCUUGAACUUCCCGCCAAUGAGUACAUGAAUGACGAAACCGAAGCACAAGGAGAAUUUGCAGUUUCGAAAACAGAAAGUUAUAUAUUUAACAAAAGUAACGAAGUUACUCAAGAUGGAGAAAAAAAAUUAUCAAAUCACUCUUAUACAGGGAAAACUUAUACCUUGGCUGAUCUGAAUGAACCUGUAGGCAUUGAGGAAGUGUCAGCAUCAGCUUCUGUCGAUAAUCUAGGCAACGAGAUCAGCAGAGGGAUCAGCACCGUUCACUUAAAGACUGAGAAGAAUGAAAAAGAAUGUUCAUCUUAUACUUUUGAAGCUGGUCAAAUCAGAAGCAAGAGUUCUUUCAGUGGGACAUUCCAUCUUGAAGGUUUUCGGAAGCAAUGUAACUUGUCAAAAGUUGAAUCUAGCAAAGCCAGUGAGUUUGCUACAUGUCUUCCUUCUGAUCAGAAUACUAGAGGGAAACAGGUUAAAAGGAGAAUCUUUGGUGUAGAAGGUCUUGAAGGAAAUGAUGAUUUAUCUGCAUUUGCUUCCAAAGCAAUUAAUGUUGUCAAUUCUGAAACAUCCUCCGUCACAUCCUGGACAAAGCCUCAAGACGGUGCUAGUGGAUACUUGUGGAGCCUGGCCUGCACAAACUACACAAAGUCUGUGAGCGAUGUGGCGAAUCCAAACAAAUAUCCACGCGAUGCAAUUUGCAAAGAAAAUGGUGUUUCUGUUGAUAAACCAAGGAAGCCGGAGAUGCAACAAGGAGGAUUGCCUUGGCUUAGAACAAUUCCACUAGUUAAUGGCAAAUAUUUGAAAGAUGAAAGUGAAGGAUCUCGUCAGACCAAAAUAGAUUCCACACAAAAUUGUUUAUCAUUGUUCCUUAACCAAACUGACAUAAGGAAGGGACCCUCACAAAGUCCUAUUCAGGACUCUUCAUCAACGACGCAGGGCCAUGAUGCUGAGCACAGGAGAGUUGAGACUAGUGAAUGCUCGAGCGUCAAAAGAAUUCUUGGUUUUCCCAUCUUUGAAUUCCCUUCAACACCUGGUUCUGUUGCUUCUGUCCUCAGUAACGAUAGCCUUCUUAAGACCAGGUUGGCCAAAAGUGAUUUGCCUAGUGAACCUCUGUCACUGAAAUCUGGAGAGAAGUUCAAAUUCCAAGACCCGAGAAAGGGAUUGGUGAAUGACAGCUCUUAUGUCAGACAUCAGAUAGACUUGAAUGAAUGUGUAAUUGAAGAAGAGGCUCAACCAACACCCCCAUCUCCGGUUGCGAAACCUACAACUGGGAUAGAUUUGGAGGCUCCAGUUGUAGUUGAAACAGAUUUGGAGGAAGAAUCUCUUGAAAGCAAUCUCAAGAAACCUUUGGAUUCAUUAGGAUGUGAACCCGGUUUGACUUAUGAAAGCCUUGACAAGAUCGCAGCUGAGGCUUUAGUUGCCAUCUCAGCUUUCCAUGUGCAUAAUCUGCAAGAUAAUGCCGCACUUGAUCUUCAAGAAAAUGAGACCCAACACCAAUCAGACUCUUCUCCAAGUGCCUUCCUUCACUGGUUUGCAGACAUUAUCUCAUCAUAUCAUGAAUUCUCCGAGAACGAGGCAGGAAUGGCUAAAAUCGGCAUCUGUCAUGAAGAUUCCAGUUCUGAUGGCAUUGAUGACUUUGAGUACAUGAUCCUAAACUUACCAGAGAUAACAGUAGAAGAGUACUGUUACAAGCCUCCGGAACCUGAUGACCUAAAAGAAGAAGAAACACCGGUGCCGAGAAGGCCCAGGAGAGGUCAGGCGAGGAGAGGGAGGCAGAGGAAAGACUUCCAGAGAGAUGUGCUUCCUGGAUUAGUAUCCUUGUCUAGAAAUGAAGUGACUGAGGAUCUCCAGACCAUUGAAGGGAUGGUUAAAGCAAUUGGAGGGACUUGGCAGUCAAGUUUGGCACAGAGAAAUGGAGGUAAGGGCGGUGGUGGAAGGGGAAGGAGGCGAACGACAUGUUCCGCCCUGCCCCCUCCUCCUGCUCCUCCGCCUCCUCCAGCACCUGCAGUUUCCUGGCAGCAGCCUAAUUCCAAGGAACUGGGACUCGACGAAACGAGCCUUACAGGGUGGGGGAAGAGGACAAGGCGGCCUCCGAGGCAGAGAUGUCCAAUUAGUAAUUCUCUUCUCCCUCUAAAAUGAGUGGAGAGAGAAUGAAAUGUAUGUCUUUGGUGGCCAGAAGGAGCUAUUGGGUCUUAUUUUUACUAGACAAGGAGUUCUUCAAUGUAAAUUUAUACUCCUAAUUCGAGUUCCUUUAAUUUUCUCCUUUUUUUUUUUUUAUUGGAUGAAGUACUCUGAGUGAACUUGUAUUGUAUGAUUCUUCAUCCUAAAUAAGUUGUAUUGUUCAUUGCAGAAGAGUUUGUUUAGCUGAGAGUGCAACAUAAUUGGAACUUCUUGUGGAGAGCUAGGAAACCCCACUCCAGGAUCUUUUCAAAACUGUUGUAGAUUUUUUUAAUAUUUUGAGAUUCAUGCUUGAUAGGAUUUCCAUGCA